AUGAGCAUUUUGAUCCUGGGGGAAUUAGUGGAGAGAUUUUUCAACCGAUUUGUCUCCUCUCGGCCUACGACCAGAAUCUCGGCUUAUCUGCUGAAUAUGCAACAGAACCCUGGAGAGUCACUUCGGUCGUACGUCCAGAGAUUCCAUGAGGAAAGCGUGCAGAUACCUGACCCUAAUGAGCAGGUUACCAUCGCUGCUUUUACCCAUGGACUCGUUGCCAGGGUAUUCAAUACGGGGAUCCACAAAAAGUAUUCCCGCACGCUCCACGAACUGUGGUUGAAGGUCGAGAAAGGCAUCCAGGCCGAAGACCUCAACCGCAUGAAGAAAGAGGUCCAAGCCACUCGCUCAAGGAUUGAUCCACGAAGGGGAAAAGAUGCUGGCCGAACUGAAGUCGGCACAGGAAGCGGCUUCCAAAAUCCUAGCCGAAAUCGCCGCAACGUGUUUGACAGGAUAUCUAAGAGGAAAUCAUCUAUCCCCGAGUCUAAGUUGACUCCUUUGAAUACCACCCGAUCCCGGGUAUUAUCCGUAAUGGAACAGAACAAUCUCGAGAAGGCACCUCUCAAGAUGCUCGGUAGCAGAGAUAAGAGGAACUCGAACCUCUACUGCCUGUAUCACCGAGAUAUCGGGCAUGAGACUGAGAACUGCAAUACCUCGAAAGGGAGAUUGAGAGACUCAUCAGUCAAGGACACUUAA